AUGAAGAACAAAUCUGAAAUGAAUAAUCACGCACAAGACGUUGAUCAAGUUUUUUUAACUCCAGAUGCAUUUCCGAGCUUUUCCCAAAUGCAAUAUAUGUAUGCUAGCCCAACUCAAAAUACACCGUGGACUGUAUUAACCUAUUGUUCUCCUUUAGGUAUGCAUACAGGAAGUAGUUCAAAUCUGUCCAAUACCGAUAACGGUUCAUCACAUGGAGUUGGAUCAUCUACACCACCUAAACAAGGUUCCAUUUCAGAUCAAAGUAUCAUACUUACAUCAUCAGUUGGAACUAGCACCUCACGUAGACAUCAAAGCAAAAGUAGCUUGAUAAUACCUUCUACUAUUAUUGAACAAGUUUCAAGAAGGAGUUUUGGUAAUGAUUCAGAAGACAUGGAGCAAGGCAGUAUUUCAAAUCCGUCCAAUUCAGAUAAUGGUUCAUCGCUUGGAGUUGGAUCAUCUACACAACCACAACAAAGUUCCAUUUCAGAUCAAAGUACCAUACUGACACCAUCAGUUGCUUCUAGCACCUCACGUAGACGUCAAAGGAAAAGUACCUUGAGAAUUCCUUCUACUAUUAUUGAACAAGUUUCAAGAAGGAGUUUCAGCUUCAAUUCAGAAGACAUGGAGCACGGUGAGACGAGUACAUUACCUGAUAACCAAACUACAGAAAGGCAUUCACAAUUGUAUGCAAAGGCUGAAACGACAGAGGUGUUUUAUUUGGGUGAUGCAUCUUAUGUAUGCUCUAAUUGUCAAUCUAUUAUGUGGUAUGAAGAGAGGGUAGUUAAAUCUGAUCAUAGCAAAAUUCCAAAAUUCAAUAUUUGCUGCAUGAAAGGAAAAAUUACACUUCCAUUCCUAAGAAAACCUCCUCAGCUACUAUAUAAUUUGAUGAAUGAGAUAGAUGAUAGAUACAAGAAUUUCAAGGAGAAUAUCAGAGCGUACAACAGUUUAUUUUCGUUCACUUCACUUGGAGGCAAGGUAGAAUCAGGUAUAAAUGAUGGAAAUGGCCCUCCUCAGUUUAUACUAAGUGGUCAAAAUUAUCAUCGGAUUGGAAGUCUGAUACCUCCUGAAGGAGCUCCUCCUAAGUUUGCUCAACUCUAUAUAUAUGACACUCAGAAUGAGUCUUCAAAUAGAAUGAAAUAUUUCUGGUAUUUUGUGAAUUAUUUACAAAUUUUUAAACAAAAACUAUACCUUGAAGUUAUGGUUGCUGAUGCUAAAUUCUUACUUUCAUUUUUUACAUCAGUUCAAGUACAAGGAAAAGUCCACUUGAUCCUUCCUUAG